GAAUCCGAAUCCAGAUGCCCUGGCGCCGAAUGCUCAUUUUACUAGCCUUAUUGCUCCGGGUGACUACAACGCUCCCGCAUAUCCCUCUUCUUCGCUGCGAGCACGAGCGAACGAGGAUCUAAACCGCUUUGUCUCGUCCAGCACCGCUUCAGGCGCUACAUUGGGGACUACCAGUACUACCGGCUCGUUCGUUAAACACGCUGGGCCUGCGCAGCUUAGGCGAAUCACACCGGAGGACGUCCCUACGCUGCCUGAGAGAGUCGGCCGUAUGGUCUUCGAUAAGACUACGAUGCGAUGGGUGAAGACAACCGUUAGUAACGCGCGCCCCAGUGGAUACACCAGCGAAGGUGGAUAUUCGGCAAGCGUGGACACGGAGGGCGAGAGCGAAGACCCGUUUCAGGACAUAGAGAGUCUUCGAGAAGAUGACACUACCAACAGAAAUGGAUUCGGUCCGCCGUAUGAUAAGGAGGCCCAGGAUGUUGUCGCUGCGGAGACCAGCAGGAUUGAAGAAAUAGACGACGACGAGGAAGCUGACCUCACCUCAUUUUCGUUUGAUGGUCCCUCACAAGGUGUGGUGCACAUAAUGACGGGAGAGGAAGGCAGCAUGGAAGGCAUCGUCAUUGAAGAUGAUGUGACCACGGAUGAAGAUUAUGACGAUGAAGAGGUCACUCAACUGACUGCGAUGUCCGCUGCGAUGUCCAUCGACGAUCAACAUGAACAUGACGACUCCCAGGACCAGACUUGGGACGACGAACAGGAGACUGAACAACAAUCUUUCAUUCACGCCCCAAGACCCGCCCCGAUGGGACGUGGCCCUCAUCUCGACACACCCCUGCCUCCUCGUCCUGCCUCUGCAGCACCCACGCCUAUUCGGUCUGCACUUAAGAGCACUAGCAUCACACCCCUUCCCAUGUCCAGAAAUCCUCCGCCACACCUAUCCUAUCAGACUCCCGCAAAUCACGCCCACUACCGUCGACGGUCUGUCAGUUUUUCCGAUGGGAAACGCGAAGGCCAAAUCGCUGGACUGGGGCGCGGUGAUCCCGAAGAAGACGCUGAUCCGCCAGAACUUGACGGUGUUGAAGAGCACGGUGCCAGCCUUGCACCGUCUGUUCGAUCCAAACGAAUAGCAGAGAUGAUGGGGCAUUUGGCUGAAGAUAGUUUCACUGGCUCAACGUCCAACGCCGCGAGUCCUGAGCAUGUCCACACUGUGCUUCAACCUAUCCCUACGCGCCGACCUAGUAACGGACUAGCAUCUAACGCCCACAAUUCGAUGCUGGGUGUUUCCCGCAACGUCUUUUCCUGCCCACCCACUAGUCAGCUACUAACACCUGCCUCCGCCAACAUGUCCAACCGGAAUAAUGCUACGUUCCUCACCGAGGCUUCAUUUGGUGUGGCGCACGAUAGGCUGGUGGAGGUUAUCACUGAUGUCCAGCCCUUCGAGCCAUACUGGGAGGAGCUGAAGGCUAUCAAUCUGUCGGGAAAGCACAUCGAGAGUGUUGCGCGGUUAAAGGAGUUCCUACCGAAGCUCGAUGCGCUGUCGCUAAACCAUAAUCAGCUAUCAUGGCUGAGUGGCGUUCCAGACACUCUGCGAACGCUGUCUGUCGCCAGAAAUUACUUGACCAGUGCCACAUCAUUCAAUCGUCUACUCUACCUCGAAAGCCUCGACAUUAGCGGCAACCGUCUGGACUCUCUAACACAACUGCAAUGUCUUCGUCAUUUACGAGAGUUGCGCGCUGACGGCAAUAGGAUUACCAGUUUGGACGGUCUUCAGAUGCUCGAAGGCUUGGUGAAACUUAGCUUGGAGGCGAACGCUAUCAAAGAUGCAGACUUUUCAGAUUGUUGUUGGCCCAAACUCGAGAUGCUCAACCUGAGCGAGAAUCGGAUGGGAGCGGUGACCGGGCUUGGCUCGUUAUCCUCCUUGAUUGUCCUAAAUUUAGACAACAACCUGAUAGGCGAACUGAACGUUCAGAGCAAUAUGCCCAGAUUGCGCAUCUUACGUCUCAGUGGCAACAGGCUGAAAACACUCGAUGCGGCGCCGUUCCCUAAUCUCAGGACUCUGUACGCGGACAACAACAUGCUUUCCCAGAUCACUAAAGCGCACAGGUUGAUCAAGCUCGAGAAUUUAAGCUUACGAAAUCAGGGCGGAAAAGGCCUAACGUUCUCGGUACGCGCCGUCAGGGACGUUAAACGUUUGUAUUUAUCAGGAAACCCGCUACCACCAAGCUUUCUUUCCGAGCCAUGCUACAAUCUCAUUUAUCUCGAGAUUGCGGCAUGCAGGCUCAGCACGCUACCGGACAACCUCGCGUCGCUCGUCCCGAACUUGCGUGUACUUAAUCUAAACUACAACUUUUUCCAGGAGGUGAAGCCCCUGGAAGGCCUUCGACGGUUAAACAAGUUGACGAUCAUCGGCUCCAGAUUGAAAGGCACUAAGGGGAUCAUCAAGGUCCUACGAGGGUGUCCGGAUGUGGAGAUGGUCGACUUUAGGAUGAAUCCGUGCACUCUAGGCUGGUACCUCCCCCUAUUGGUGAAGGACGUGCCUGGCGCACUGCAGCCGUCGGAACCGGGCCACCGUGUACGCAGCAGCAGCAACAGCGCACAAACUACACGUCCACAAAAUCACCAAGACGCUCUGGAGCAGCAGCAACAGCAACCGCCGGCAGUCGAUGCCGCUCUCAACGGUCGCGGGCGAGGCGCCUCGUCGGAGGCCUUGCCCAAAACCGGUAAACCGACGGGCCGGGGACGAGCCUUAAGAACGUCAUCGGCGUCGUCGUGGCACGAGCUUGACGCUAAGUUUCGGCGCGAUCUACCCAACGAUGCUUAUGUUCAACGACUAGCCUAUCGUGGGCUGGUGAUGAAGGCAUGCGCGAACAUCAAGAUGCUAGACGGGGUGAUAGUGAGCAGGAAAGAAAAGGAGAAGGCCGAGAGAUUUUUGGAAGGGAUGGCGAAGGCGAAGCUGCAGAGAUCAUCAUGAUGUGUUUCCCCGACGUUUCCAAGGUUCGUGGAGCCAGGAGCGCACGGGCGGUGUUCAAUUCAGCAGCACGUGUUGCAGCCUGCAUUUUCGCUUUACGAUGCGUUUCACGGAGGGAGAGCGGGAGGGCGAGACCAGGGAGGCGGAGGAUCUCGAGUGGAGCAAGUCGGAGGUUGCUGUGAGGGAGGAGGUACGAUCCGUGCUUCACGGAGGGGGACAUCAUGCAUCUGCUUUCGGACUCAGCCUGGUCUUUUAUGACUGUCUGCAUUCGUACGCACGACUACC